GCCUUGGCAAGAGAUCCACACAUACUCGAACGGCGAACGGGGCAGUUCAGGGUCUCGCGAUUCGCGCCGUUGCGAUGGUUGUUUUGGCUGCUAAACAUGUGGAAUCGGAACGUUGGUUUUAGGGGUAGUUUGAAUGUUGUCUCUGUGCCUAUUUAACCAUGGUUUACUCCCGCCGCAUACUGGAAACCAGAACUCUACUCUGGCGGACUAUCGAUCAGAGAAGAAGACAUAAUGAAGAUUGCUGCUCUUCUCGGUGUGUUCCUGGCAGCCACUGCGCAUGCCCAGGUCCAAGGUACACCUUUCGGUUUCGCUGCUGGUACCACCGGUGGUGGAGAUGCUAAGGCAGCUGCCCCCUCCAGCCUGCAGGAGCUUGUGGGCUGGUUAUCAGACGAUGUUCCCCGUGUUAUCCUCAUUGACCGUGAGUGGAACUUCCUCGGUACUGAGGGUACCACCAAGGGCAAGUGCUGUAGCACCAAGACUACUACCUGUGAGGGCGGUACCUCGAAGGGCCAGGCAUGGAUUCAGGACAAGUGCGACGAUGGCACAUGGAUCGAUUGUGAAUAUGAUAAUGCCCCCAAGAAGGCGAUCGACAUCGGCUCGAACAAGAGCAUCGUCGGCGUUGGCAACAAGGGUGUUAUCCGCGGAAAGGGUCUCCGUAUUACCAACGGCAACAAGAACGUGAUCAUCCAGAACAUUCACUUCACUGACUUGAACCCUCAGUACGUCUGGGGUGGUGAUGCCAUUACCCUGACUGGUGCUGACCAGGUCUGGAUUGACCAUAACAAGUUCUCCCUUAUUGGCCGUCAGCACAUCGUCAGCGGCUGGCAACCCGCGGGGCACGUUACCAUUUCCAACAACGAAUUCGAUGGCCGUACUGAGUGGUCCGCCGGCUGCAACGGCAAGCACUACUGGACUCUCCUGCUUAUCGGUGAGAAGGAUUACUACACCUUCGCCGGUAACUGGGUCCACGACGUCUCCGGCCGCGCUCCCCACAUGGGCACCACCAAGACCAACUCCGAGAACUUCUUCCACGGCGUGAACAACUACUUCCAGAACAUCGGUGGCCACUCCUUCGACGUUGAUGCCAACACCUGGAUGCUCCUUGAGGGUAACGUCUGGGAAGGCGUUGACACUCCCAUCACCGAUACCACCCUGAAAAGCGGUGCGGUUAUCUACAACGUCCCCAACACCCAGGCUGGCCGUGGCUGCGAGAGCGCCAUCAGCAGAAGCUGUGAGGUCAACCAGUUGGUCAAGUCCGGCCAGUUCUCUCCUCGUACCGAUGCCGACGUCUUGAAGAAGGCUGGUACCUACAAGGCUUCCAUGCCUCCCACCACUCCUGUUGCUGAUAUUCCCAAGAACGUUAUGGCCAACGCUGGUGUUGGCAAGCUCAAAUAAAUGACUUAGAGCCGUUUAUCGCCCGGGGGGCAUGAAUUCGGAGAGAUAAUUCAUUUUAUUCUUCGAGUUUGGAACUCUUCACUUUCACUUUCUGUUCGCUUCUACAACAUCCCAUUCUGGGGCUGGCUUGUGUUAAUAUUGUUAGAUUAGAGAUUGUUUAUUAUUGAGACC